GCUUCAAAAAGAUGGCUUGCUCUCUGCGCAGCCCCUCGCCCCUGGAGACGCAGUCUUGCAGUGACUCUUGUGACUCGCCUUUGUCUUUUACUACCUCCAUGGAGUGGGACACCCAGGUGGUGGCGGGGUCCUCCCCUCUAGGUCUGAGGACUGAGAUGGAGGGGUCACCCGUCGACCUGCGGCUGCCUGUGUGGUUGGAACCCGAGAGGUGUGCCGUGUUCCAUUGCGCACGUUGCUACGCGGUGCUCGCUGACACCGUGCAUCUAGCCUGGGACCUGUCGAGGUCUCUUGGGGCCGUGGCCUUCUCCAGAGUCACGAACAAUGUCGUUUUGUUCGAACCCUGUCUGGUUGGCAUUGAAGGUUUUCUCAAAUGCAGCACAUACAACCGUCUGUUCUGUAGUUCCUGUCGGGUUCCUAUUGGUUUCCAUCUGUAUUCCACCCAUGCUGCUCUGGCUGCCUUGAGAGGCCACUUCUGCCUCUACUGUGAUAAAAUGCUGUGCUAUGUCUUGAAAACAAAGACCAUAGUAAAUGCAUCUGAGAUGCAUAUUAACAACCUGCCUCUCCAAGAGAAGAUUGCGGAGCUGAAAGAGAAGAUAAUAUUAACACAUGCUCGUUUAAAUUCACUGACAAAGAUUCUGAAGGAAGUGACUCCUGAUCAGUCUAACCAAGAAAAUUGAAGAAGCAGAUCUCACUACAGAUGGUUGUGAACCACCAUGUUGUUGCUGGGAAUUGAACUCAGGACCUUCGGAAGAACAGGCAGUGCUCCUAACCGCUGAGCCAUCUCUCCAGCCCUGAAUGGCCUUUUAUUUUAAACAGCACUAAGGAUGAGAAGACUGCAGAUGUGGCCACACCGACUGUAGUUCCUGCCUUUGACAUAUAGGCACGAAGAUCAGCAGCUCAAGAUCAUCCUUGGUCAACCUAAGCUUCAUGAGAACUUGUCCCAAAAUCUCUGCUUGCCCCAAAUGAGUAUUUUACAGUACACCUUUGAGCCUGUGACUUUCCCCAGCUCACCAGCCCACUCUUACUUUGGGGAGUAUUGAUUCUUUAUUUUUUCUUUCUUAAUAAAUUGUGACUCUGAUACUUUAAAAAAGUUGUUUUAGGCCAAGUGUUGGUGAGGCACACCUUUAAUCCCAGUACAUAGGAAGCAGAAUCAGCAGAUCUCUGAGUGUGAGGCCAGCCUGGUCUACAGAGUGAGUUUUCUGACAACCAGGGCUACACAGAGAAACCCUGUCUGGGAAAACUAAAACCACUAACAGUGCUUAUCUCUGAAAACAUCUUUCACUACUAAUUACCAAUUAGCAUGCAGUGUCCCUUGUGUUCAUGAUGUAAAGAUAUACAGUUGCCAUGAAAAAGAGACGGGGUUAACAGUGAUGCUA